UUUGAUAGAUAGUGUAGCGGUGAAGCAAGAAACAAACCAAGCAAUAGCAUUUCAUUUCAACUAGUUAUUAGUCAUUGAGUGAAGUGUGUAGUUAGAGUUAGUUCAUCUUUCAUUUUCAUAAUAUUCAUUUUCCCUUUUUAUAUAUAUAACAUAUGCUUAUAUAAUCUUUGAAACCAUUGCAUCAUCACAUAGUGUGAGUAGUAGUACAAACUAGUUGAUAUAGCUAUAAGCUUUACUAAGUUGCAAGAAACAAAUACAAAUGGAGACAAAUGGUGAGAUAAGAGUGUCAAAGUUCAAGAGGGUUUGUGUCUUUUGUGGAAGUAGUCCUGGCAAGAAAAGUAGUUAUCAAGAUGCUGCCAUUGAACUUGGAAAUGAAUUGGUGUCAAGAAAUAUUGAUCUAGUUUAUGGAGGAGGAAGCAUUGGUCUAAUGGGUUUGGUUUCACAAGCUGUUCAUGAUGGUGGAAGACAUGUCAUAGGAGUUAUUCCCAAGACACUCAUGCCUAGAGAGCUAACUGGUGAAACGGUGGGAGAAGUAAAAGCUGUAGCAGAUAUGCAUCAAAGGAAGGCAGAGAUGGCUAAGCAUUCAGAUGCUUUUAUUGCCUUACCAGGUGGUUAUGGGACUCUAGAGGAGCUUCUUGAAGUCAUAACCUGGGCUCAACUUGGGAUUCACGACAAACCGGUGGGAUUAGUAAAUGUUGAUGGAUACUUUAAUUCGUUACUUUCAUUCAUCGACAAAGCUGUGGAAGAGGGAUUUAUCAGUCCAAAUGCGCGCCACAUAAUUGUAUCAGCACCUACAUCAAAAGAGUUGGUGAAGAAAUUGGAGGACUAUGUUCCUUGUCAUGAAGGCGUUGCUUCGAAGUUGAGCUGGCAGAUGGAACAAGAGCUAGCCUAUCCUGAAGAGUAUAACAUCUCAAGGUAGCUGAGAGUUUAGGUUACUUGAUGUGCAAGGAAGACGAGACUAGAUAGAAUUUUGGAGGUGGAAAGAAGCUAUUGUGGAAUAUCCCUAUUCUGUUUUUCUUCCUGGAAGAAAUUUCAUUUGUAAAGUACUGGGAUUGACCUGAAAAAAAAUGUGAAAUUACUUUGUACCCUUCUUUUGAAAACUGAUUUCCCUUCUAAGUUGUAAGUACUAGGGGCUUCUGAACUUAUUAGUCAAUGACAACUAAUUUUACCCCUUUAAGUAAUCUAUUUCUAAAUAUGUAGCACCGAUAUUUCAAAUUAAAGCAUGUCCAAUACAUGCGGUUACGUUCAA